AGAUUUGUUGGGGGGGGGGUUCUUAGAGAACUGAGUGUCUCAGAUUUGUUGUUGGGUCAGCAUUAGAGACAUAGAUUAGCACUGAACACUGCGUAACGGUGCACUUUAAAGAUCAAAGCAAAUUUCUGUGAGCUUAUCUAAGAACAAACACAGAUACUGACUGAAACUUAUCAGCGUCCAUCUGGCAUGUCGUGUCCUAAUGAGCUCUGAACUGAUACCGUGUGCUCUAAUAGUCGCCUACUGUACAGAAAGUGUGUGAGACAAGGGGAAAUGACACACAUUAUAUAUCACACUGCAAAAACGUUUAUAUGUAUGCACUGUUUUACUUUCCAAAACCUCAUAUUAUAAAACAUCUUGCUAAAAAAUCAAAUAGAAAGAUGUCAUUUCAUGUCCUCUCAUACCAGGAUUUUAGUAGGUGAAAGUUGAUAAACAAUUUUCUGUUUAAUUUAGAUUUGACAUUUUAUUUCAUUUAUAUGGACAGGGACUUUAUAUAAAGAGACUCAGAAGUGAGGAGGAAGAGCUGUGUAGUUAAGAGUCAAAGGAGGACUUUUGUUUGUCCGUACGUCUUCAAUUAGCACAAACACAUGUUUGGUAUCCAAUGCAGCUAAGAAGUAUUAUAAGUCUAUCUCACUUCAGAUCUUCUAUGUAAAGAGAUACAUGCCUGAAUAUUUAUAUAUUUGAUUUAAAUGACAUCAUCAACCUGUGUAAUCUAAAGUUUUGUAAAAAAUGCAGAGGUAAGCCCUAGUCAGAUUGGAUUAGUUUAUCAGGAGGAUGGCUGUAAAUAGGGCUAUAAUCAAUACUUUAAAGUUAAAGGGGCUGUUUGUAAUUAUUGGAGCCCUCUUCUGGUUGUGGGGUGAGGUGCCUUUACAGUGAAAACAUGGAUGAGUUCCUCGUAUUCUUCACGGGGCUUUAUUUAACCUGAUGGUAUCAACGGACGUGUCCCUGCCUCCAAAUCAUGUCAUGUCAUAUGCUCAAGUUCAACUUCAAGAUGGGGGUCGGAAACGAAAAGAAAGAGUGGUAGUUCAGCUCUCAUAAGAUGUCGAGUUUAUGUCUGUAUACCAAGCGUAAGCAGAGAUAUCCAGUGGUGCUUGAAAGUUUGUAGAAUUUUCUAUAGAUCUGCAUAAAUAUGACCUAAAACAUCAUCAGAUUUUCACACAAGGCCAAAAAGUAGAUAAAGAGAACCCAAUUAAACAAAUGAGACAAACAUAUUAUACUUGGUCAUUUAUUUGUUCAGGAAAAUUAUCCAAUAUUACAUAUCUGUGAGUGGCAAAAGUAUGUGAACCUUUGCUUUCAGUAUCUUGUGCAGCAGUAACUGCAACUAAACGUUUCCGGUAACCGUUGAUCAGUCCUGCACAUCGGCUUGGAGGAAUUUUAGCCCGUUCCUCAGUACAGAACAGCUUCAACUCUGAGAUGUUAGUGAGUUUCCUCACAUGAACUGCUUGCUUCAGGUUCUUCCACAACAUUUGCUACCAUUGGGGUGGGUGGGUGAAUGAGAAACAGUGUAAAGUGCUUUGGGACCACUCAGGUUAAAGCGCUAUAUAAGAAAGAACAUUUCUAAUGGAUUGAGGACAGGACUUUAAUUUCCUGUAACAGUAGUGUGCGAUUAUCGAUGCACUCAUUCUAAUACGUUAUUGUUUCCAUACUAACGGCUCAGUCAUAGGGACUUGCACUAUUAAUAAACGGAUUUACAAGCUGUUUAUAUGAGGAUUUUUUCUGUAAUGAGAUGUUUAUUUGGCAUUUAUGGAAGGAGUCUUCAGUGUCAGAGGUAAAACUAAGAUUUCAUGACAUGUCUUAUUAACUUUAAAAAAAAAAUUAUUUUUUUUUUUAAAAGAGAGAGAGAGGCUGGUGAGAGCUAUCUACUAUAACUUGAAAACCAUGACCUCUUCAAUAAAAUAUUCAUAGUAAUAGUUGGCAAAUUACUGUUGAGUAAGAGGAAUAAGACACUUGUAACAGUAACAGCAUGACUUUGGGUGUUUUAUUCUUUAGAUAGCUGCAGUGCAAAGCGCAGCACCGCAUUUAUGUCUUGGCUGAUGGAUUAGGUUUUGUGGAAGUGGACCAAUCCCAGUAAUUUGUGUGCUGUUUGUAAAGCAGGCUAUAUUUGUAUUGAAGGCCGUGGCUGACUGUAAAGCAUGCUGUAUUUUGUAAAGUUAGUAAUUUUUCUCCCGCUGGCUCUUGAAGCAGCUUGGAGGAAUUACAGCGUCAACUGCUUGGCCAGUAACCUCGUUUACAAAAAAAUAAAAAACCCUUCCUACUCACAUUCCUGUGGCUUACGUUUAAUUCAGUGAAAUGCCUUUUGAAUACUCCGGUCGCAUGUGACCAUAUGAGCACAACGCCGAUAGUCACAUACGAUAGUACAGUCUCUGUGGAGAGGAUAUGUUCUAGCUUAUGCUCUUUUCUUAAACUUGUAGGCUUUUCAUCUCAAGUGAACAUUGCUGCCAAGAAAAGUUCUUUCACUGGAAAUUUAUAUUGCGUCGAAUCCAGUUCCUGCUGCAAAGCCAGUUUUUUUUUUUUUCUUUUUCCCUCUCACCACAUUCAGAUGACGUGUCUCUUCCUUCAGCUUUACUUCAAGGAUCUUUUAUGAGUCACAUCCUCAAAAGAGAAGUUUCUUUCUUUUCUUAUUUCACUCGUGGCACGUUUAAGAAAAAGACGUCAUUCCUGUUUGCUUUGUCUUGUCCGGUGAAGUUUUCUUUGCAAAAUGUUGUGUCAUAAAGCAUGCGAGGCAGCGGAAUACAUUAAAAAAAUGCACCCGAUGUGGCAGGAGCCUCUGGAAAUGCCUGGAGGAGAGCGCCAGUCUCCCAUCGACAUCAACCUGCGUAAAAGCGUCUUCGACCCAAACCUGAAGCCAUUGGUUACACAGUACGACCCCAGAACCUGCCAGCAGAUCUGGAACAACGGAUACUCCUUCCUCGUCGAAUACGACGACACGACAGACAAGUCCACACUGCGUGGUGGUCCCCUGGAGGAUCAGUUCAGGUUGUGUCAGUUUCAUUUCCACUGGGGAGAGAAUAACACCUGGGGCUCUGAACACACUGUGGACCGCCACCUCUACCCCGCUGAGCUCCACUUGGUCCACUGGAAUGCAGAUAAAUACGCUUUGUUUGAGGAGGCCAUCAUGGAGGAGAAUGGACUGGCUGUUAUCGGGGUCUUCCUGAAGGUUGGGAAGAGACACGAGGGUCUGCAGAAGCUGGUGGACGCUCUACCUGCCGUCAGACACAAGGAUAGUGUAGUGGAGUUCACUAAAUUUGACCCAUCCUGCCUCCUGCCUGAGAGCAUGAACGAAUAUUGGACGUACGCCGGAUCUCUAACCACGCCCCCUCUGACCGAGGCCGUCACCUGGAUCAUCAUGAAGCAGGCCAUUGAAGUGAGCCACGAACAGUUGGCCGUGUUCAGGAGUCUGCUGUUCACCUCGGCGGAGGAAGAGGUCCAGAAGAGCAUGGUGAACAACUUCCGGGUCCAGCAGCCUCUAAAGGGACGGACAGUUCGCUCGUCCUUCACCCCGUUCCUCCAGGACGUUCCUUCCACUGACCCUUAAACCCUCACCCUGACCCUGUGAAGUACUGAUGGUGUCAUCUCAGUCUUAUACCCGGUGAUGCUCGUCACAACAUCCCAAAUUUUCAGCCCAAUUUAUGACCAGGAACUCGAGUCAGGUCCAAAAGUCUGAGACCACUAACAAGCAUUUCAUCAUAGAGAAAUAGAGGUUUAUUGAAUAAUUGAACUUCACUAAUCAAAAUUGGAAUACAGGAUGUUCAGAUGCCUUUACUUUAAUUUAAAAUGUUAGUAAAGGACAGGACUUUUGUACCCGACUCUCCUCAGACACUUUGUGCCACUUUAUACAGUUCCUGAAGCUUCUGUUCAAAAAUGUUUUAACUUUUAAUAACGUUCUUUACUUGUAUUUUUUUUUUUUUCUGGAGACGAAAUUACUUUCCUGAACGCAUAUGCAUGUUGCAGGUGAUGUUUGAUUGUGACCUAGGAAAUGUACAACUUGGCUAUACACUGACCGUUUUAAACCCUGACAUUUCAAAUAUUUUACUAAUCACCAUUACAUUAUACAGAGCAGUAGUUAAUUAAGUAAAGGUAAAGCACUUCUUACACACUCGUUCCUAGAUCCUAUUUCAGCUAUAAAUGAGGAUUUUAUUUUAACGGCAGACGUACUUGGCGGAUAAAGCUGUUAAGCCUGUAGAAAAUUACUUGUAUACGGUACAGUGCACUACAGAGGUGCCAUCAUUUACAUCACUUACAGUUGCAGGUUUUAUUUCAGAAGGCAUGCCUUAUUGUAGCUCUACAGAAAUAUGACAGAUUUUCAGGUGGGACACUUAUAGAUACUGGAAAAAUAUGUUGUGCAUGUAGGAAUUUAACUUCCUGCCCUGUUGCAUCAAAAUUAAAUAAAAACAAAAAACAAAGAAACAUUAGGUAUAAUUGGCACAAUGUAAGCAUUAGCUUUGAUGGGAUUUGAGAAUAUUUUACUUCAACUAAAUAAUGACUCCAUAAUCCUAUCAAUUAAUUCAGAACAUUUCAUAAGACAGCAUCUAAUUUCAUUGAUUUUUCUCCAUUCUUCUGCAGUGGCAUGGCACUCCUGAUGUUCCUGCCAACAUUGCUAGAGUAAAAACUAUCUUGUCUGAGAUCAGUAUAUCUCCUAACGCUGCUUCAGUGUCCGUGCAGAUUUAUUUCCAGUCUCUGUAGCCGUCCCCACUUAAAGUUCCUCUUCAUACAGAAAAGAAAUGAUACAGUGACCUUCUCAUGUGGUCUUCAUUUCUCAUACAGUUUUAAUAACUGACCGUGCAGUUGAUUUUUACUGCCCGAGAAAACUCAAUUUAAACGUUAAACUGCUGCACACUUCCUUUACUGGUUUACUGUUAACAAGUGAGAUUAUUUAAGAUUAUAUUUCUGACCAAUUAGCUCAUUUAGAUGAUAUCUGUUAUAAAGAUUAUCACUUUAUACAGGCUAUAUUUAAAUAGCCGAGUUUAUGAUCUAGUGGAUUCACAUGCGGGAUGUAACACAAAUUACCGGAAAUGCUAAAAUACCAUAUACAAGACAUUUUUGUAUUUGGUACUGUGACUUGUUGCCUGACUUUUUUUUUAAAUGAUUUAUAACUACUUAACUCUUUUACAAAACUGCACUCUAGCUCUCUUUAAAUAUUGGGACAUUGCUUUUUUCCAAAAGGUAGAAUUUAGAUGGUGCAUCUUAUACUUCAUAUAUAUAUAUAUAUAUAUAUAUAUAUAUAUAUAUA